GGCGCGCACUGUUAAAAAAGGAUAAAAAAAGAAAAAAGGGGCGGGCAAUGGGAUGCCCAGCGGGAUGGCAGAUGUGCGGGCAGAGGAACGGAGCCCAGACCAGAGGUGAGCGGAGGCGGAGGAGAAGUGGCAGACGCCGAGUGGAAAGAGGAGAGGACAUGGCCAGAGGAGGCGGACGGGAGGCAGAGGGAUGGCGGAUGUGCGGGCAGCGGAACGGAGGCGAAGAGGAGAUGGCAGGAGGAGGCGUACGGGAGGUGGCAGAGGUGGAGAGGAGAUGGCGGGAGGAGGCGGAAGGGAGGUGGCGGAGGUGGAGAGGAGAUGGCGGGAGAAGGCGGACGGGAGGUGGCGAAGGUGGAGAGGAGAUGUUGGGAGGAGAUGACCAGAGGAGGAGGACAGGAGGUGGCCGACGGGAGGUGGCGGAGGCGGAGGAAAGGAGAUGGAGGGGAGAGGCGGACAGAGGUGGGUGGAGACGAAGGGGAGGUGGUCGGAGGUGGGCGAAGGUGGGCAGCGGCCAAGCGGAGGUGGCGCUCGCACACCCACACACACAAAAACAGGGGAUAGGGAGGUGGAGGCGGGAGAGGAGUUGUCGAGAGGAGAUGGCGGGAGGAGAUGGCGGGAGGAGGCAGACGGUAGGUGGCGUAGGCAGGGCAGGGAAGGAAAGAGAGAGGAUCUGGCGGGAGGAGGCAGAGGGGAGGUGGGUGGAGGCCAAGCGGAGGUGGGCGGAGGCCGAGCGGAGAUGGGCGGAGGCCGAGCGGAGGUGGGUGGAGACCAAGCGGAGGACCCAGCUGAGCAGGUACGAUCAGAACUGAAGAUGACCUCAAGGCAUCAUCCUGAAGCCCACAGCCACGCUAACGAGAUGAACAAACAAGUGCCAACAGC